CCAAAAUAACACAGACCCCAAAACUGCCUAACUUCUUCAGACAAAUCCCACAGAAAUAUCCAAGCGGGACGAUAAUGGAGGAUGCGGACCUAACUACAGUGGUCUCGAGACCCGAGCUGUGCGCACUGAGACUCUCAUUUACAUCCGGCGCAAUGCAUCCGCUCUUGACAGGCGAAUGGAGCUUCCCGAGCUCACUGGAGAAUGGACCAUGGGAAACUUCUUCCACGACGGAAAGCUCAUGUGGACACCAUUUGUUACCCGAGAGUCGGCUGAAAAGCCGAAAGACUUGAGUGCUUCCAUUAUCCAGGAUCUAACCAAUUUAGGAACUGUAAGAUACAACAAGGGCAACGACGUGGCAGUAACACAGUUCAAUACAGGCACAGCGGAGCUAAAAGAACGCACGAAAUUGUACAUAAUCAGUCGAAAAGGGGUCUUUGCUGUACUUUAUUGGGAAAGCGUGUCUUUCGAGCCCGACGACGAAUGGUUAGCAGCUGAUCAGGUAUGGACUUCCCCGGCCAAGCAAAAGACGUUCAAGACAACAGUGCUCGAUCUACUGAAGAAUGGAAGCAAAUAUCACCCCGAGCUGAAGAGGAAACUAUUGGAGGACGAGCACAUUAAGGCGUAUCUCAUUGGGUGGAGAGAGGAGGGAGCAAGUGGCACCGGAUACGAAUCCCAGUGGACCCAGAUGAAGGAUAUGGUUGCCUCGAUCAUACCAACACUGACAGAUGAUCGUUGGUGUGGAGAUCAGAUACACACCAGUCAAGGACAAGGACGACUUGAGAACAGGUACAAGGCCGAUGAAAAGAAUGUCUUCAAAUAUGAUUCGCAGCAUCCGGUAGCAGGGACCGACGAAACACUGCACAAAGAGGCGUUGUGGGUUAAAUGUGAGUAAACACCAUAUCAUGAUGAUACUUAGUAGAAUCGGAAGCACAUUUAUUCAACCAAUUUGAG